AUGGACAAAGUGCAAUUAGAGCUAAUGCAGAGCAAGACGGAAACCGUGCCGAAGGCUGGCUUCAUCAAAGGGCCGCUCUUCAAAGGGGUUGCUUCGAGCCGCUUUCUGCCCAAAGGCACCAAAACGAAGGUUAACCUCGAGGAGCAGGGAAGACAGAAGGUGUCCUUCAGCUUCAGCUUAACCAAGAAAACCUUGCCCAAUAGGUUUCUGACCGCUCUCGGAAACGAGAAGCAAAAUGACACGCCGCCCUCGCCGGCAGCCCCGCUUCAAGCUGACUUUAACCCCAAAAUCAGAAUGGACCUGGGGGACGCUCCUGGUGCUCCUGAAGAGUCUUCGCCUCCGAAGCCAAAGGUAGAGCUGGGGAAGAUCCAUUUCAAGAAGCAUUUGCUUAACGUCACGGCGAAACCGGUGGCCGCGCUGCCGCCACCGCCGGCCGUGGCGCCGGUGACGGAACCGGUGGCCGCGGAAUUCCCGUCAACGCCGCCGCCGCCGCCUGUGCCGACGGUGUCACCACCAGCAUCCGCGCCCGUUCCUGCCGCGACAGCCUUGUCCCCGCUGCCCGUGACGUUGUUGUCGACGCUGUUGCUGUCGCCGCCUGCGGAGGCCGAGGUCCCCGCUUCCAAGGAGCCGUGUCGCGCGGUCCCGAAGGAAGCUUCGGAUGUGGACGUUAGGCAGGACGCUGUGUUGCACAGUUCCGAGGAACAUUUAGCUCAAAACGCGCUCGUGCAGGCGGAAAUAACCCCCCCGAAGGAAGAUUCCCAUAUUGGGAGAGAGGAUGAAGUUUCGGACAGCUCCAAGGGUGCUUCCCUGUGCUCUAGGAAACAGGCUUCGAAGAGGAAGUUCUCCCAGUCCGACGGCCCCGUCCCCGGCUCUGAAUCCGACGAGGAUUCUGUGAGGACUUCCUCCAGCCAGCGGUCGCACGAGCCGAAGAUAUCGAGCACGGAAAAGGAGCGAGAUUCCAGAAGAAGCUCCACUUCUCUCAGGGGCGAAGAGCUGGGCAAGUCCUCCUCGCGAUCCAAGUCGGAGCGGGAUGAAAAAUACUCGGGUUACUCCAAAUCGGAGCGAGACUCGCGGUAUGGGUCGUCCCGCUCCAGGUCGGACAGGGAGAGGAGACGGAGCCGCUCGCGCUCGCGCUCCCGCUCCGAGCGGAGCUCCCGCACCAGCUCUUCCUAUUCGAGGUCGGAGCGCUCGCACUACUACGAAUCCGAGCGGCGCUACCAUCGGAGCUCGCCGUACAGGGAGAGGACGAGGUACUCGCGCUCGUACGCGGAGAGCCGGGCGCGGGAGAGCUCGGAUUCCGAGGAGGAGUACAGGAGGACGCAUUCCAGGGCGGGCGACGCGAGGCGCACGUCCUCCCACUCCUCCUCCUACCGCGACUCGAGGACGUCCUACUCCAAGUCGGACCGGGACGGCAAAACGGAGUCGUCCCACGAGGCGGAGAGGAGAGGGAAGUCUUCUUCCAAAGCAGACAGGGAUCCCAAAAGGACUUCGGAAAGCGAAGCCCCCAAAAGGUGCUCUCCCCUUAGCGACUUAGGCUACCGAAAGGGGACAUCCCAUUCUAAACCUGACAGUAAUGUGAAUUCCUCCCGCUAUAAGUCCACCCCUUCAAAGACCCCAGCGCCAAAGCCUGAAAAAUUGAAAAGCUCUUUCUGUUGUGCAGAAUCGAAUGAAGAACUAAAGCAGCAGUCUAAUUCUCUAGAUUUAGAGGCCUCUUGCCUACGGAGCGGCGAGGCGAGACCGGCCCUUGCAAAAAAGUUGGAAAGGGAAAAGACACUUUCUCCGGUGAGGCAAUUAAACGAGUCGCCCGCUUUUAGAAAGGCAGAUGAGCCAAAAGAUGGGUUUUCUAACGCCAAAUCUGGCGACCUCAUAGGAAACGAAUGCCAUGCCAGUGUUAAGGAACAGGAGACGCUGAUAAAGCAGGACCCGUUAAGAACUUACUUGCCCGUGGACCUCGAUAUAAACGGGUCCCCUGAAGGUAGGUGUGAGGACUCGGCGACGUGCGGCGCCUCCAAAGCGGAGGCCGCUGCGGCCUCUUCCGAGCCGUGCCGGUGGGAAGCGGCCGCCGCGGGGAACAGCGGGGCUUUGUGUGCGUUGCCCUCCAACGGCUCCGAGAGCCCGGCUGCAGCCGGGGAGCAGGAGCGGGGCCGGUCCCACGUGGAGUCCAGCGAGUGCAGCAGCCUCUGGAAAGCGGCGGAGGCUCCCGGCGCGGAGCAGAGAGGGGAGGCCGCGCCGUUGCCCCUCGGGAAUGGGGAUCGAUGCCCAGCUUGGCUUAGGAAGCCGGAUGAGGAGGCGCCUCCGCGCGACGCAACCAAAGAAGCCGUUUUUUGCUACGUUUCGGAGGCUGCCGCCCCUCCCUUGUGUCACUCGGAGGUCGAAAUUGAAGUGGAGGCGGCGGAUGUCAGAGUCACCUCGGAGGCUUUUCUGGACGUUCCCGUGGAGCCGCAAACGGUGACGUGCGGUUACGAGAGCACGGAGGAGCAGAAUUCCAAGGCAGCCUGCGGAGACGAGCGGGAUGCUGUGGAUCCUUCCCAUCGCCUUAGCUUGGCAGUGGAUAGCUCAAGCAGAGAUUCCUCCCAGGACGGGUGUUCCCUGAGGGUGAAAUCGGACAAUCCCGGCGUUCCGCAGCAGCCGGACGAAGGGGUCGCUUCCAAGUGGGAUCGGGCCCCGCCGGAUCAAGGCGAGAAGCUGCUGCAGCUUUCCGAAGGCGAAGAGGUGCAGGAGUUGGGUAGCCAGCACGUUGAGUUUCAUUCGGCGAGAGCAAAGCCCUCAUUCCAAGAUGAGCACUCGUAUUAUUCCGAAGUGCCCCUGGAACACCGGAGCAGGCAGAGAGCAGCAGCAGAAGGUGCCGUUUCUACCGGAGGAGCGGGCUCGGAUGAGCAGCGUCUCGGCAUAUUCCUGGAGAGGGACGAAGGGAAUGAGUCCGUGGUGGCCUCGGCUUUUUCGGGAGCUUUGUAUCCGUCUUGCGACCUCGUGGUCACGGCGGAAGAAACGGUCGCUCAAGCGGCGACGUGCGACAGCAGCGGCAACGCUUCCGAGGGCGUCUCCGCCGGCCACGACGGCUGUUCGGACACGGCCGAGAGCGAGAGCGAGGCCGGCAGCGAGGAGAGCGAUUCGGAAGACUCGGAUUCUGAUGACGCCGUGCCACGGAAACGGCUCCAGUCCAUCGUGGUGGUGCCCAAAAACUCCACCAUAGCCACGGAGGAGAGCAGCCCCUGCUCGUCUCGGGGCGGCCAGGGGCUUAGGCGCUACUCGGACCACUGGGACGACGAGCGGCCCGAGUCCAGCCGGCCGUACUACGAGGAGAGGUCGGAGAACGCGGCGAGUAAGAACGGGCCGCAAGCGGAGAGCAGAUGUUCUCCUCGCGGGACGGACAAGAGCCCCGCGACAUCCACGGAGCUGAGCAGGAAGGAAGCGGAGGAGCUGCGCGUGGACGCGUCCCAGCCGCAGAGCGACGGUGUCGACAGCACCAGCCAGGCAGACCUGGCGGCGGAUUCCAACGGAAAAGGCGACGCGGAGCAGAGGAUGAUCCUAAAGGAGCUGGUGGGCCGGCAGGAAGAGCAGACCUUUUGUCUGCCCGAGAGCUUCGAAGGUCCCGACAAACCUCAGACCCAAACGAGUUCUUCCAAACCGGACAGUAGGCAAGGGAAGGGGGGGCUUAAUCAGUUGGGAACCGGAGACUUCUCCAGGGUGGACGGUUUUCAUGCGGCGGAGGAUUUGGGUGGUUUCGGCUGGGACUUUUCCCAGCCGGAGAAGCCCAGUAGCACCUACCAGCAGCCCGACAGCAGCUUGGGGGUCUACCCGGGUUACGUUCUCCAGCCCGGGGCGGGAGCCUACGGCGCCUCGCAGAGCUACUGGCAGGGCAAUGGAUAUUGGGAUGCCAGAUCCGCGAGCCGGCCUUCUGGGAUGAGCUAUGAGCGAGCUCAAGGGCAAGUCCCGGAUUCCUUGACGGAGGAUCACGAGGAGGACGAGGACGACCGCUGGGAUGACGACUGCAAGGCUCGUUUCCCCAGCCCGUCGGGCACAUUCCAUGGCCCCGCGGAGCGGGAACAAGGUUCCGUGCAGGCACAUGAGAUCAGCAGUAAUUCCACCAAGGAGGCCGGCGCCGUCGGUGAGAAGAAGGAGGAGGUGAAGGCCUUGGAGAAGAACGACCUGAAGGAACGAGGGCCACCCAAAAAGAGGCGCCAGGAGGUGGAGAGCGACUCCGAGAGCGAUGGAGAGGCACGGGAGAGGAAGAAGGUAAAAUCAGAGGGGGAGCAAGUGGAUUCUUCGCCGCAGGACUCCUCCAUGGUUGGCCGGUUGUGUAUCAUGGAAGACUUCAGAGACCCGCAGCGCUGGAAGGAGUUUGCCAAGCAAGGGAAAAUGCCCUGCUACUUCGACCUGAUUGAGGAAAACGUGUACUUGACAGAAAGGAAGAAGAACAAAUCUCACCGGGAUAUCAAGCGAAUGCUGUGCGAGUGCCCUCCUCUCUCCAAAGAAGAGCGAGCCCAAGGGGAGGUCGCCUGUGGCGAGGACUGUCUCAAUCGGCUGCUUAUGAUAGAGUGUUCUUCUAGGUGCCCCAAUGGUGACUACUGUUCCAACAGGCGGUUCCAGAAGAAACAGCACGCGGAUGUUGAAGUGAUCCUCACUGAGAAGAAAGGUUGGGGGCUCAGAGCUGCCAAAGAUCUCCCAUCGAACACGUUUGUGUUGGAGUAUUGCGGAGAGGUGUUGGAUCACAAGGAAUUCAAGGCCCGGGUGAAGGAGUAUGCUCGGAACAAGAACAUCCACUAUUAUUUUAUGGCCUUGAAGAACGAUGAGAUAAUAGAUGCUACCCAGAAAGGAAACUGCUCUCGUUUUAUGAACCACAGCUGUGAACCAAACUGCGAGACACAAAAGUGGACUGUGAACGGGCAGCUCCGGGUUGGAUUUUUCACCACCAAGCUGGUCCCGUCGGGCUCCGAGCUGACGUUCGACUACCAGUUUCAGAGAUACGGCAAGGAGGCCCAGAAGUGUUUCUGUGGCUCAGCCAACUGCCGCGGCUACCUCGGCGGAGAGAACCGGGUCAGCAUCCGAGCGGCGGGAGGCAAGAUGAAGAAGGAGCGCUCCCGCAAGAAGGACUCGGUGGAUGGGGAGCUGGAAGCCCUGCUGGAGAACGGCGAGGGCCUCUCGGAUAAGAACCAGGUUCUCAGUUUAUCCCGCUUGAUGGUUCGGAUCGAGACAUUGGAGCAGAAGCUUACCUGCCUCAAACUCAUACAGAACACGCACUCGCAGACCUGCCUGAAGUCCUUCCUCGAGUGCCACGGCCUGUCCCUCCUCUGGAUUUGGAUGACGGAGCUGGGCGACGGGAGGGGAAGCACCGCCAACAACCUGAAGCUGCAGCUGGAGAUCAUGAAGACGCUGGAGCUGCUGCCCAUUCCCAACAAGAACAUGCUGGAGGAGAGCAAAGUGCUGCCCAUCAUCCAGCGCUGGGCGCAGACCAAGAGCGCCGUGCCGCAGCUCAGCGAGGGCGACGGCUACUCGAGCGAGAACACGUCGCGCGCUCACACGCCGCUCAACACGCCCGACCUGGCCGCCAAGCAGGGUGCCGAGGCCGACACGGAGACCCCCAAGAAGCUGGUGCUGCGGAGGCUCAAGAUCAUCAGCGAGAACAGCAUGGACAGCGCCAUCUCGGACACAACCAGCGAGCUGGAAGGCAAGGAGGGCAAAGAGGACUUGGACCAGCUGGAGGGCACCACCACGGAGGGGUCGGAGGAGCAGCCCCAGCAGUCGGAGCCCAAAGCUGCCGUGGACGGCGCGGUGGAGAGCAGCAAGUCGCUGGAGCUGGAGGCCGAGCCCGAAGCCGAGGCCAAAGAGAGCAACGGGACGAAGCUGGAGGAGCCCAUCACGAUGGAGACGCCGUCGCAGGACGAGGAAGAAGGCGUCUCCGACGUGGAGAGCGAGAGGAGCCAGGAGCAAACGGACAAGAUGGUGGACGUGAGCGACCUGGCCACCAGGCUGCUCGACGUCUGGAAGGACCUGAAGGAGGUCUAUCGGAUCCCCAAGAAGAGCCAAGCGGAAAGGGAGAACAGCGCGGAUCGUGGGAGAGAGGCCGUGGGCCACCGGGACCAGACGCCGACCCCCAAGAACCCCGUCCUGACCCGCGAGCGCGAUGCCGAGCGGCAGAGCCAGAGCAAGGAGAAGAAGAGGCGGCGCGAUUCCUUGUCGCCGCCGUCCUCGGCGUACGAGCGGGGAACCAAGAGGCCCGAAGACAGGUAUGACACGCCAGCUUCUUCCAAGAAGAAGGCCCGCCUCAAGGACCGCAACAAGCUCUCCACCGAGGAGCGCCGCAAGCUCUUUGAGCAGGAGGUGGCCCAGCGCGAGGCCCAGAAGCAGCAGCAGCAGCUGCAGAACCUGGGCAUGGCAUCACCCCUUCCCUACGACCCCCUGGCCUACGGCACCCCUCACCACAGCUUCAUGGGCUACCCGCCCGGCUACCCCAUGCAGGCCUACGUGGACCCCAGCAACCCCAACGCCGGCAAGGUGCUGCUGCCCACGCCGAGCAUGGACUCCAUGUGCUCGCCGGCGCCCUACGAGCACCCGCAGCCUCUGGUGGGCCCCGCGGUGGAGCCGGCGCUGCCGCCGGCGCAGCCCGUGCCCGUCGUGCAGCACGUCGCGGCCGCCAUGGAGGUGCCGGCGCCGCCGUACGUGGCGCCCGCCGACGCCGUGGGCCACCAGGAGGCCGGCGUGGCCGUGCUGCCCGUGCCGGCGCCGGGGCCCGUGCAGGGCCAGGGCUACGGCGUGUGGGACUCGGGCCAGCAGCCCGUGGCUGUGCCGCAGCAGUACUCGCCCGCCCAGUCGCAGCCGGCCAUUUAUUACCAGGGACAGACCUGUCAGACUGUUUAUGGGGUCACGUCCCCGUAUUCGCAGGCGACGCCGCCGAUUGUGCAGAGCUACGCGCAGCCGGGUCUCCAGUACAUCCAAGGCCAGCAGAUCUACACGGCCCAUCCGCAGGGAGUCAUCGUGCAGCCGCCCGCAGCCGUGACCACCAUCGUGGCGGCCGGCCAGCCCCAGCCCAUCCAGCAGCCGGAGCUCGUGGUGACGAAUAACCUUCUGGACCUGCCCCCGCCAUCGCCUCCGAAACCCAAGACCAUCGUCCUGCCUCCCAACUGGAAAACGGCCCGCGAUCCCGAGGGAAAGAUCUACUAUUACCACGUGGUCACGAGGCAAACCCAGUGGGACCCGCCGACCUGGGACAGCCCCGGGGACGACGCCAGCCUGGAGCACGAGGCCGAGAUGGACCUGGGCACCCCCACGUACGACGAGAACCCCAUGAAGUCUUCCAAGAAGCCCAAGACGGCGGAAGCGGACACGUCGAGCGAGCUGGCCAAGAAGAGCAAGGAGGUCUUCAGGAAAGAAAUGUCGCAGUUCAUCGUGCAGUGCCUGAACCCCUACCGCAAGCCCGACUGCAAGGUGGGCAGGAUCACCACCACCGAGGACUUCAAGCACUUGGCGCGCAAGCUCACCCACGGCGUCAUGAACAAGGAGCUCAAGUACUGCAAGAACCCCGAGGACCUGGAGUGCAACGAGAACGUCAAGCACAAAACCAAGGAGUACAUCAAGAAGUACAUGCAGAAGUUUGGGGUCAUCUACAAACCCAAAGAGGACACGGACUUGGAGUAACCCCCUCGAGACCGCCAGGGAGGAGCCAGCGGGGCCCCUCGUGCCCCGGCGAUGCCCACCAGGAAUCGUUCCCCACGGAGCGCGGCAGGGACGGGCGCCGGAGCCGGGGGCACCGCGGGGAAGCCCCGCGCCCCCCUCGCCGACACCUGUAUUAUAUUUUAACGUAUAUGUGAAUAUAUUGAUAAUUUUUUUUCCGUUUUUUUGGUUUUUUGGGGGGGUUUUCCUUUUCCCGCUUUUAGCCCCGACACGUGCGGAUACGACGGGAACACUUUGUAAGGAUAGUUUUGGUUUUGGGGGUUGUUUUUUUCUCCCUCCUUCCCCCCUCCCCGGCCCCGUUCCGUUCCGGUCCGCGAGGUUUGACGCUGUUAUCAUGUAAAUAUUCCGGACGAGGCCGCCUCGGGAUUUGCCGCAGGCCUCGGGCUCUGUUGAUAAGAUUGAUUUUACUGCUUAAAUCAUUUUACUUUAUC